CGUUACAACACUUUGGAAUCAUUUAAUCUACACUGGGCUUCAAAAAGGUUCACGUGUGUACAGCGAAUUCUAACGUGCAGUAUAUUUUAUAUGGUUUUGACAGAUUUAAGUUUCAUUUUCAUACAGCCACUUGAAUGUAGCUUGCCUCCGUCUGAUUCAGUCAUUCUGGGAAAGUGGACAACACGCAGUAAUGUCAGGAAACGAGCAGAGCCUGAAAUAGAGGAAACAAAUCAGACACGUUCAGUUGGAUAGAGGCUCCUCUGUGUGACAGUCUCCUGCUGAAGACAUGGCUGAAAACACUCCACUGCUGAACAGAACACCAACAUCAUCUGAAUCCAGGAUCAAUAACUCCAAACUCUUCCUGGCUGUCUUCUCGGCCAUCUUGGGGAACUUCAACUAUGGUUACUCCCUGGUUUACUCGUCACCGGUCCUGCCACAGCUCCAGGGCCCCGAUGUGGACCCUCGGCUCAGGAUGGGCAAGGAGCAGGCCGCCUGGUUCGCCUCCAUCUACUCCCUGGGUGCAGCUGCCGGAGGGCUGGGGGCCAUGCUGCUCAAUGACCUGAUCGGACGGAAGCUGAGCAUCAUGACAACAGCGCUGCCGUCCACUAUUGGGUACUUGCUGAUGGGAGGAGCUUCUGACAUCUGGAUGCUCCUUUUGGGCCGUUGCCUCACGGGUGUUGCCGGGGGGAUGACGGCAGCAUCAAUACCUGUUUACAUCUCAGAGAUCUCCCAUAAAAGACUGAGAGGGGCUAUGGGCUCGUGCCCUCAGAUCACUGCUGUGACUGGGGCCCUGGUGCUCUACGCCCUGGGUCUGGUGUUACCGUGGCGGUGGUUGGCGGUGAUGGGGGGAGUCCCGGCUCUGCUGAUGGUUGUGUUGCUGGCGUUCAUGCCCAGAUCCCCAAGGAGGCUCAUCAAGCUGGGGAGGGAGCAGCAAGCGGAGAAGGCCCUCCAGUGGCUAAGGGGGAAACACUACGACACACAAGUCGAGAUCAGUGACAUAAAGCGCAGCAUCAACACACAGCCUGAAGUCACAUGGUCGCAGCUGGCCACACCCGUGUACUACCGGCCAAUACUCAUCUCAGUGGGGAUGCGUUUCCUGAUGCAGAUGACGGGCAUCACAGCCAUCCUGGUCUACCUGGAGCCCAUCUUUUCCAAAAGCAAGGUCUCCCUGCCUGCCAGGUUUGAUGCCGUCAUUGUUGGAGCGUUCCGCCUCGUGGCUGUUGCCACAGCAGCCUUUUUAGUGGACAAGGCGGGACGCAAAGCCCUGCUGUACACGUCGAGCAUGUUGAUGUUCGGGUCCAGUCUGACUCUCACCAUUAUCUCCCACACCACACCCUGCCCUCCAGGCCCCUUCCCUCCUAACCUCACUGUGAGCUUAGACUACAUCUCCCAUAAUGCCAUUGGAAACGCUUUGGAAGCCAGCCAGCAAACUUCUGCUGGCCUCAUUCCUCUCAUCAGCACCAUAGUGUUUAUUGUUGGAUACGCCAUGGGAUGGGGCCCGAUCACAUGGCUGCUGAUGUCGGAGGUGUUGCCGCUGGUCACCAGGGGCGUGGCUUCAGGUCUGUGUGUGGCCGUCAGCUGGUUGACGGCCUUCGCCCUCACGCAGGCCUUUGUACACCUGGUGGAGGAUCACAGCCUGUUCGUGCCCUACCUGUUCUUCACCGUGGUGUCUGUGUUCUGCCUGCUGUUCACCGCCGUGUGUAUCCCAGAGACUAAAGGGCGCUCGCUGGAAGAAAUAGAGAAUUAUUUCAGGACAGGAAGGACUUUCACCAUCACCCGGAGUCUUUCCACUGAACAGACGUAGAGAUAAAAAUAUAUAUAUAUAUAUAUGUAGGCUAAUGUAGAGUGAUUUUAAAUGAAUAUAUACUCAGUGGUGGAGUGUAAGGAAAUGUAGUACUUCAGUAUAAUUUAUGUGAAUUAUUACCUCUACUUUAUACUUUUAAAAAGCACAUUUUUUACUUUUUCAUCCAAAACAUUAAUUUGACAGCUUUAGUUAUUUUACAAAGUCAGAUAAUGACCUAAUACAAAAUAUAAAUCAAUUAAUAAUGAUGAUUAUGAUCAUACAUCUUUGAACAGCGUGGGAAAUAUAAAUGAUCUACACGUUUAGCAGCAACAUUACACAUUUAACCAAAAUUAUAAUUUGAUAUGCAUUUUUUGGAAACAGGCUAUUCUGCAUUAUGAGCCCUUUUUGUGCUUAAAGUUUAUUUUGACAGCAACCUUUUUAUUAAACCUUGGAUGCAAGGGUAUAAGCAUUUCUACACUGUGGUAUUGCAACGUUUACAUGGAUAAAAUUUCACCUGUGUUGCCAGCUGUCUGAAAAACAUCCCGCUUCAUUAUCUCCUCUGGGCCGUUAAACGUUGGUUAAAGUUUGUCUGUACCUUUGAUUGUUUGAUAUAAAAUCAGCUUAUGUAGAAAAGGUGUAUUUUUUUAUUAACGUGUGUGUGUUUGUGGAAUUUGUAUGUGAACUGCGAAUACAACAGUAAACCUCAUGAUGUGUGGGCUGAUGGAGAAGAAGUCAGUACUUUCCUCUUCCCCCCUGACUCAAUGCAGGGGGAUCUGGCUCCUUUCUUCUUCUUCUGCUUUCUCAUUGAGUAACACAAUCCAGGACUCAUGUUUAUUCCUCCCUUCUGCUUUCUACACAUGACCGCGUUGCAACACUUUGGCUUCAAUUACUCUGCACUGGGCUUAAAAAGGUUCAUGUGUGUACAGCAUAUUCUAAUGUACACUAUAUUGUGUAUUUGUACUUUUCUCUGGAUACUCUGUAGGUAUAUCCUUGAUUUGUAUGUUAUUACUGUGUGUGUUUAUUUUUGCAAUUAACAUGCUGCUGAUACAAAGCUUUUCUCAAUUUGGGAUCAAUAAUGUUUGUCUAAUGCAGGGGUGUCCAAACUUUUUCCACCGAGGGCCACAUGAGAAGGGCUGGGCCACUCAGUAGAGGUGAGGUAUAUUGUUCGUAAGUUAAUUGAUAAGUUAUCAUAAUCAAUCAAAUGCAGGUAUCAGAAAUCAAAGGUUUACAUAGGGUUUCAUUUAUUAAGUUACAAGUGUUGGCAGCUCAUUACUUAAAACACAAGCCUCAGAUUGCUUAUAAUAAGGGGAAACAUGAAGGGUACAUUUCACAUGUGUUUUACAAAUAAGUUAUUGGGCUUUUUUUAUCGACCAAGAUUUGUUUGAAAAAGGUUUUCAAAUUUAAUUGACUGAUUUUAUUUGAAAAGUUGGCUUAUUACUCAUGAAUACUGCUGUGUAAUACAGUAUAUGUUUAUUUAAUAAGUACAAUAUAAGUAAAAGCACAAGUUUCAUGUGUGGGCCAUAUUCCGUUAUACUUUUCAAAUUAGCUGAGGGCCGAUUCAAAAUGGACAAUGGGCCGCAUUUGGCCCCCGGGCCGUAGUUUGGACACCCCUGGUCUAAUGGAAUGGAAUGGAAUCUAAUGUAAUACAUCUGACUAACGUGGUUUUUCUUUAUGAAUUGGACAAUAAUCAAUACUUUUAAGUGAGCAUACCGUGUGUUUAUCCCCCAAAUGUGUGAUGAUUCAGUUUUGCUUAAUAUAAAUGCCAUGGGACUACAUUCUAAAUAAAGUCUUUCUGAACAGA